UGUCACUUUCCCGAGCCAGACAUCUCGGAGCGCGAUCUCACCCAGCAUGUCGUGACUGCCCGAUCAUCCAACUUUUUUCCCCAAGACAAGAUGUCUGGCUCGCAAAUAAUUGUCUCCACUAUCUAUCAGUCAUUUACUCCCGAAUUCCCUGGCUUGAAUGCAAUUCGGGCAAAAAAGCAUACCCUCGAUGACGUGCUGCAGAUGAUGGGUCGAGCCGGUCGACCGCAGUUCGACAAUGAAGGCAAGGCGGUGGUUAUGGUACAGGACACCAAGAAGGCUUUCUACAAACGUUUCCUGUACGAGCCCUUCCCGGUGGAGAGCUGUCUGCCCCAGGUCCUGGCCGACUAUCUGAACGCUGAGAUCGCUACAGGCAGUGUCGCCUCAAUGCAGUCGGCGCUGGAGUGUAUCACCUGGACCUUCUUCUUCCGUCGGCUCAUGAUGAACCCAAAUUACUACCACCUCGAGGAGACGAAUGCAGACGCGGUGAACCGCUACCUCUCUGAGGUGGUGUCCGGUGCGGUGAACAGUCUGAUCGAAAAUAGUUGCGUCGAGCAGGAUCCCGAGGAUCCGCUAGUCCUGCUGCCCACGUCAAACGGUCGCCUGGCCUCUUUCUACUAUCUUUCACACAAGACAAUAGGCCUUUUCACGGCCACAAUCACAGCCACCACCACUAUACCGGAACUGCUAGCGAUUGUGUCGGUGAGUUUGACUGUCUCUUCCUGCCUAAUCCGUACUGCGCGGAAGAUUUUAUUGAUUUUAGUAUGUUUUUUUUAUAAUUGCGCGUGCUUGUGGUCCAAUCUCUGUGUGUUUAGAAGCAGUUUGUGA